AUGGAUCUCCUGAUGGAAAUGGAUGCUGACCCCUGGUUGAUACAAUGGAUCUCCGAGGCUCUGUUUGAGAGGAAGGCUCAGAUAGACAGGUUGGAGAGAGUACAGAAUGCAGCUACGAGGGCAGUCUUGGGUUGUACAAAGGACACUCAUGUUGUCUGUAUGAGAUACAUCCUAGAUCGGACCAGCUUCAGAAUGAGGCAUAAGGUGGCUGUGGCGAAGCUGUACUUGAAUGUUUUGGGACACCCGAAGCACCCUUUGGAUGACAAACUAAGCAGCAUUAAAGGAAAUAGGAUCAAACGGGGUAGCUCAUGGAUGGCAGGAGCUGAAGACUCCUUGAGGAAAGUUUGUGGCAUUGAUGAGAUAUGCAGUGGCAAGGAAUGCUUUGAACUGAGCUCCGCUUGCAGAAGCCUCGCUAACAUUCACAUCACUAUGGAUCAUGAAAGACGGGAAUGGCUCGCUGUGUCUGACCUGUGCUCCCUGCUGAUCAUGAUAUGGCUAAGCCUCUGCCUGAACCCACUCUUCUACAACUCUGAGUUGCCCUUUGACCCCAUGGAUAUCAUUGUCUCUACGGGGGGCAUACCCCAUGUUCUCUUUGUCAAAAUUGCCACUUUUAUCACCGCCUUCAUCACCUUUAAGCGAUGUCUGUGUAUUGCUGUCCCUCUGAAGGUGAAGACAAUCAUAACACCAGGAAGGACGAAGACAAUUAUUAUCUCCAUCUACGUUGGCAUGUCUGUUUCGAUGAUCCCCUACUACCUUGGAAACAGACUUGAGUGGGUUUUCGAUUUCAACAGGAAUGUAACUGUGCUAAAACCCACGGCCGAGAGAGAACUGUUAGAAGUCAUUACAUUUCUCAUCCAAGGCGUUUUUACUACGUUUUCCUUCGUCUUCGUCAUCAGCUGUACCAUCGUUCUCAUCGUUAAACUCAACAGUAAAACAAAGUGGCGACAGGCCACUGCAGCCAAGUCUGAUCGUGCAGCGGGAGGAGUUGGGGUCAAAGAUCAAAAGGUGGUGAAAAUGGUGACCUUCAUCGCUGUCAUUUUCAUCGUCUGUUCCGUACCUCCCACACUUCUGUUUUUCUAUAUGGUGAUUGACAUUGAUUUCCGUGUAGGUGGUGUCUAUCGAAAUCUCUAUCUUGUCAUUUGGACUACAUCAUUUCUAACAGAAACGAUCAACUCCAGUGUGAACAUAUUUGUGUAUCUGAAAAUGAGUUCGAAAUAUCGAGCAGUGUUUAUGAAAAGAUUUUAG